GAACUACUCCUGUUGUGCGCUGUGAGGCAUGAGGCAUAUCAGGCGGCACACAAAAUUAUCAUUGUGCAAUUUGUGCAAACACAAAAAAAAAGGCGUCACGUCACUCAUCUGAGCGGAGGACAUUGCCUUGAGGCCAACACACUGUGCAAUCACGAGAUCGUUUGCGCAUCAAUUUCAUUCGAUACCCGAAGACAAGAAGUAUUCCAAUCAGCCAUGGUGGAGCCAACCGCCAUAAAGGCAGAGAUCCUUGAGAUGACCGGCGAGCAUGUGGAGCAGCUCCAUUCAAUGUGGUCCUUCAUGUUCGAGCCGAAGACAUGCGUGGACUUUCUACACAAACUUAAGGCGCACGUGGACAACUUCUAUGCGGAUCUACUGACCGAGUCGCGGGAGAAGCAGGCGGCCAUCCUCCAUGACAUUUCCGCACUCCGAGCCGAAGCCAGCGACCUCAGCCGACUGCUGCACGAGACGGUGGACAUUGGCCAGCGGCCCGACGAUAUGCCGCUGAUCAUAUGGCAGCUGAACCUGGACAAGAGCAUUGAGCAUCUGCGCGAGGAGCUCUCGAGACGCCGGUCGGAGAUUGCAGAGCUGCUGCUGCAGCAGGAGCAGCUGUGCGAGGAGCUGGGCGCCUUGCCGCGCCCCCUACUGGCGGACCCGCUGCCCCUGCCCAAGGAAAUGGACGGCUUUCGCGACCAUCUGGACAAUCUCCGUUCGCAGCGCGUUGUACGCCAGAAGGAGCUGGACCAGCUGCGCCAGGCCAUCAAGCAGGACAUGAAGAUGCUGGAGCUGAUGCCCCAGACCGAUGCAGAGGAUCGCCUGCUGAACGAUCUGAACCACAAUCUAACGCUGGAGACGUUAGAGCGGCUGCGCCAGUUGCGCAACUCCUUUGCUGAGCAGAUCCAGGAGCUGUGCUCCAAAAUCCAUGACAUGCGCGAGAAAAUCCACGUUCUGUGGGAUCGCCUCCAGGAGACGGACGAGAACGUCAUGCGACGGGUGCGCGAGACCACCGAGAACACGCAGCGCACCUACGACAUCCUCCACACGGAGCUGCAGCGGUGCCAGGCGCUGCGCAGCCAGAACCUCAAGACGUUCAUCGAGCAGCUGCGCGUCGAGAUAAGCAAAUGGUGGGACCUAACGCUCAAGAGCCAGCAGGAGCGCAAGCGUUUCUCCAACUACUACAACAAGUACUACAAUGAAGACCUGUUGGAGCUGCACGAACUGGAGCUAGACGACCUGAAGAGCUACUACAAGUGCAACAGGGAGAUCUUCGAUCUGUACGAGAGCCGCGCGGAGCUCUGGUCGCGUAUGCAGGCCCUGGAGGCAAAGGCCAAUGAGCCGAAUCGCUUCAACAAUCGCGGCGGCCAGCUGCUCAAGGAGGAGAAGGAGCGCAAGGCCAUCAGCUCGAAGCUGCCCAAGAUCGAGCAGCAGAUCACCGAAUUGGUGCAGGCCUAUGAGGUGCAAUCGCAUGGCCCGUUCCUGGUGUACGGCGAGAACAUACUGGAGCUGAUGGCCGGCGAAUGGGAGCGAUAUCGCCAGGCCAAGCUGAUGGGCUCGACUCGCAAGAAGGCCCCGACCGGCACAGCAACGGGCAGCAGCAACAAACUGAUGAUGCCGCCGCCGGCUGCCGGUUCAGCGGCACCACGCACGCCCCGAACCUUGAGGAACAUGUCCUCAAUGUCGACAUCGACAAUGUCGCUGCGCAAGACUCCGACAAUCCUAUUGACCACGCCCAAUAUGACCAAGAGCACUGGGAAUCUGCACAAGCGUCUAAAUCCAUCCACGGCCGCCAGCUCUUCGGGGUAUCGCACCCCCAACGCCAGGCGCAGCCUGAUGUCCUCGCUGAACUCGAUUCGCCCGUCGCCGGCUGCCGCACAGCGGCUGGCCAACAGUCAUAUGAAGGUGUCCAAGUCGCCGCUAAAGCGGGUCCGUGUCCUGGACAACACAUUGCGUCGCAGCGGUGGACUGGGCAGGCGCAGCGUUGGCACACGCUCGAACAAGAAGCCACGCACCAAGUCAACGGUGCCGUACACACCAUCGCCCAGCGAUGCCGAGUACAUGACCGAUGAAACGACCGAAAACGAGCCCGAAACCGGCAUCUCCUAUCACGAGUUUGUGCCCACGAGUCGCUCCUCAGUGCUGCCCGUCGGUGGGGCUUACCGUCAGCGCAAUCAUUUGGCUGUGCCACGUAGUCGCCAUGUCCUCACGAACAACAAUUCGGUGGCCACUACACCGUCGAAGCAGGCAGCCAAGCAGGAGGGGAAGCCUCGCAUUGGCAUUCAAUUGAAUCUGCCGUCGCCCCGUCAGAGCCGCAUGUGGCCGACUCCACGAUGAGAUUAUCCGUUGAAUUAAUUCUCGCCACUCCUAAUAUAGCUUAGCCUUAACAGGAACCCCACUUAAUGCGGACAUGUACCUUUUUUUAUAAUCUGAUUUUCGAAUUUCUAUUUUAUGUUUGAUUUGAUUUGAUUUAAUUUUUUGCAUCUUUAUCUUUAUAUGUUUUCCGUUUCAUUUAUUUUCAAUGUUGGCCGAAUAAAAAUUAUCUACAAGAAGAACCAACCGAGC